AUGGUUCUCAUUCGCAUUCUUGAUUUUUUAUUCUCAGUUAAAGUGUUUGAAAUUUUGAUUUUAUCAUUUUUCUAUUAUAUUUUCCGCUUUUACUUUAACUACUUUACACGUGAAAAUCCACUUCACGGCCCAUUCCCACUUCCAAUAAUUGGUAAUCUUCAUCUAAUCCGGGGUAGCUCAUUCGAGUUUGCUCAAAAAAGUCGCCAGCAAUAUGGAGAUUUAUUUGAACUCUGGUUACCAAAUCGCAACAUUUACUUAAACAAUGCCAAUCAAAUUGAAAAAUUGACGCAACCAAGCACCAAAAGUUCUUUUUUCGCUCAAAUGAAACUCACUAAAAUUUUUAGAAAAUACUUAAAAGAAUUUGGAUUUGUCUUCUUGAAUGACGACCACGAAAGCUGGCGAUAUUAUCGCAAAAUACUUGAGCAAUCUCUCUUAAACCAAAAGUAUCAACACGCGCUGUUUGAUGAAGUUUUAGAAUGUUUCAAAGAGCUACAAGUGUACUGGGAAGAACUCGGCGCUGAGCGUGUUAUUGAUAUCAAGGAAUGGUCUUUACGUCUCUUCUUCGAUAUCAUGAUUCGUACAACUACCGGUGAAAAUUUUUCGAUUAUGACGAAAUAUUUCAAUAGUUUGACGACUGGGCCGAAGAUUAACAUCGCGAAAGAAAUCUACGAGAUGGGUGAAGAUAUUGACCAGUUGUUAAAAAAGCAAGUGAAUGCUUUUUCUUAUUUUCAGUUGGUACCUGAAGCGUUGGCGAGAUCUAUCUUUUGGUGGAAGACUAAAAAAUAUUUUCAAGAAAAAGAAAAGGUUCAGUCAAUAUACAAUGAAAUUGUUCAAAAACGAAAACAAGAAAAUAAGAAUGGAGAUUUAUCCAGCAGAAAAACAGAUAUUUUGAAUAUACUGCUAAAUACUAAUUCAUUUACGGACAAUAAUGAAUCUAUACGUUUAUCUGACAAAGAAAUUUGCGUUUUUCUAUUUGAGAUCAUUAAUUCAUCAAUUCACACUACUACAAAUACUUUUGGAUUUACGAUCGAAAAUAUAGAACGUAAUCCAAAUGCCAAAAAGAAAUUACUCGAAGAACUAAGUACAGUUUUCGGAGACGACAAAAACAACAUCUCCUAUGACAAACUUAGUCAACUUAAAUACCUUGAAGCGAUUAUUUAUGAAACACGUCGAGUCUUUCCACCCAUAGCAAUUGCUCGCAUCAACAACAAAGAAGUCGAUGUUGUUGGACGCAAAUGGCACGCCUCGACACAAUUCAGAAUAAAUGUUCAUGCCAUUCAUCAUGAUCCUAGUCUUUGGCAUGAUCCGCAUGAAUACAAGCCUGAACGAUUUCUCGAUGAACAAAAGAGCAACAUAACGAGGAAUUCAAAUCUUACUUUCGGAACUGGACUACGUAUUUGUCCUGGCCGUUUUCAAGCAAUAAAUAUGAUGAAAUCUAUAAUUUCUUUGAUUUAUCUUAAUUAUCAGGUUGAAUUAGUCGAUUCUCAUUUGCCAAUUAAAAGCGAACAUACAUUCAUGCCUGUUUGCCUUGGUGGAAAAGUUUAUUUGAAGCCACGUAAUACAGAAUAA